AUGGACUCCCCCGUCGUGGCCCAGCUCUUCCGGCAGCUGUUCCGCCACCGGCCGCGGGGAUGCCAGGGCCUGCGGCCGCCGCCGCCGCCGUCGUCGUCGACGCUCGUCGCCCAUGCGUACUCGGCUCGACGCGCUGCCAUCGGCGGCGCUGCUGCUCCGGCCGGCGCUCACCAGCACCAUAGUCUGAGCAGACGGCCCCCCUCCUACCGCUCGUACGCGACGAGAGCCUCCCGCGACCGCGGCAUGAAGUCCAACGAGAGCCGCUGGCAGCAGCGCACCCACAUCAUGCCCGAGGACAGGAGAGAAGAGUUCGCGCAGUACCCGUACAUGUCCAUCCAGGACCUCAAGCGGCGGACCGAGCGCCCGCGCAAGGUCAAGAUGCUGCUGCGCGACUUCAUCGACGACUCGCUGUACAACCCCUCGUACGGCUACUUCUCCAAGCAGGCCGUCAUCUUCAGCCCCGGCGAGCCCUUCGACUUCAACGCCAUGCGCGACGAGAUCGAGUUCCACUCGGAGCUGGGCCGCCGCUACACCGAGUUCGAGGACGCGCUCGACGACGCGCAGGGCGGCGCCGAGAACCCGACGCGCCAGCUGUGGCACACGCCCACGGAGCUGUUCCGCCCCUUCUACGGCGAGGCCAUCGCCCGCUACCUCGUGUCCAACUACCGCCUCACCACCUACCCCUACGACGACCUGCUCAUCUACGAGAUGGGCGCCGGCCGCGGCACCCUCAUGCUCAACAUCCUCGACUACAUCCGCGAGGUCGACCCCCAGGUCUACGCCCGCACCCGCUACAACAUCAUCGAGAUCUCCCCCUCCCUCGCCGACCUGCAGAGCCGCCACCUGCUGUCCACGGCCGAGUCGCGCGGCCACCGCGAGCGCGUCGACAUCAUCAACAAGAGCAUCUUCGAGUGGGACCGCUACGAGCCCUCCCCCUGCUUCUUCCUCGCCAUGGAGGUCUUUGACAACUUUGCCCACGACGGCAUCCGCUACGACGUCGCCACCGAGGAGCCCCUCCAGGGCCACGUCCUCAUCGACGGCGACGGCGACUUUUACGAGUUUUACGUCCACGAGCUCGACCCCGUCGCCGCCCGCUUCUUCCGCGUCCGCCACGCCGCCACGGGGGGCCAGUACCCCAAGCCCUACCCCUCCAACCCCGUCCUGCGCUACCUCUCCACCAAGAUGCCCUUUGCCGCCAACCUCUCGGACCCCGAGUUCAUACCCACCCGCCUCAUGCAGUUCUUCGACGUCCUCGAGAAGUUCUUCCCCGCCCACCGCCUCCUGACGUCCGACUUUGACGCCCUGCCCCAGGCCGUCAGGGGGCUCAACGCCCCCGUCGUGCAGACGCGGUACCAGCGCCGCAUGGUGCCCGUCACGACGCCCCUGGUCCACCAGGGGUACUUUGACAUCCUCUUCCCCACCGACUUCCGCAUCACAGAGGCCAUCUACCGCGCCAUCACGGGCAAGCUCACGCGCGUCAUGUCCCACGGCGACUUCAUGCGCCGCUGGGCCUACGUCGAGGACACGGAGACGCGCAGCGGCGAGAACCCCCUGCUGACGCACUACCGCAACGCCAGCGUCCUCGUGACUGUAUGA